AUGGCUGACGUAUCAAAUAAGCUUAUCCAAGAUGAAAACUCCCCAUUGACCACGGUGGAUGAUUUUUUCACCCACUUGACCAUACCUCAAAUCCAGAAACUCAAUAAUGAUUAUAAGGAAAACAUCGAUAAUGCAAAAGCUGAGCUUCAUUCUUUGGUUGGGAGUAAAUAUAGAGAUUUGAUCAAAAUUGCAGAAGACAUUGAGAAAAUGAAUUCCACUACUGUCGAAUCUGAUCAAAAAUUGUCUCAUUUGUCAUACAAGUCAUCAAAGUUUUUGAGCUUUUCAUCUCAGAACUCGUUCUCAAAAUUUAGCUCUUUAGUAAAAAAUCAAAGGGCCUCAUCCGCCAGGCAAGAGUCAAAGAUUACCAUUUUAAGAAAUUUAAUUCUUACAAAGUUGACAAAGCUUGAUUUAAGGAUCAAUUCCAAGCAAGCCUCUCCAGUUUUACACACAUCAAUUUUAAUCUAUUAUUCGAAAGUAUAUCAUACUAUCAGCACACUAUUUGGAGAUAUUCUUGAAAAUGAAAAUUCUUUGAAUGAAAAAUUCAACCAGUUGAGGUACAAUUAUAAUAGAUACCUUGAGAGAGAAUUGUCCACUUAUUCCAAGUUCACCACGUCCUAUUACUCAUCGUACAAUGACAGUUUCAGAAUACAUCAAAGAUUUCAGUUAAAUGAUUUAAUCAGCAAUAAAGUUUUGGUAGAAGAAGAUUUAGAGGUUAUUCUUGAGGAAGAUCAAUUUGAUGAGGAGGAUUCCAAUAAUGAAUUUGAUGACGAAGAAUAUAUUAAUGCCAAUUUUGAGACUUAUAAUAGAAAAUCCUUACCUAUUAUUAAUUACAUCGUUGCAUUCAUAAUCUUGAACCACGGAAAUUCUGAUUUGAAUACUUUAGAUAAGGUGUCAAGAAAGUUCAUAGACUUAAGACGUUGUUAUGUUCGGGAGCUUUUGAGUAAGUUGAAAGUUCUGAACUCACGUAUAGACUUUUUCCCCUUAUUCAAGUACAUUGAGAAUACUUUGGGUUAUGUGGAUUCAUACUUCUUGCAACCUAACAACGAAAUGACCAAGCAGCUCCAAACGUACACCAAAAUAUGGUCGGGUCCCAAAAUCAUCGGAUUCAGUAGCUGGGUCGAGGAAAAAAGUAUUCCUUUCGAUCAGCAUUCAUAUACUUCAUACUGUCUGGAUGCAACCAAAAAGCUGAUUGAACAGUUCAUCAACCUAGGAGUAGAUGAGGUAUUCAGGUUUGUUGAGGAAGUGUUGAGUGCGUAUCAAUACAAUAUAUCCGAGUCGUUGAUCUUAUUUCAUAAUUUUAUUAUGAGCUUGAAGAAUUUGUAUUAUGUCAUCAGUCAAAACGAUUUGGAAUCAAAGUUUAUCAAAUUAUUCGAACAGGAAGCUAGGUCAGAGGACUUGUCCAAGUUAUUGGAGCUGGUCAUAUCAUGUAUAAAAUCAACUUAUCAAGGCCAUUUCAAUAAACUUGAUUCUGAAAUUGUUGAGUCUGUCAGAGGGAAAAUGAUUAAUAAAUCAAUCCAAUCAGCUGGCCCCAAUUUAUUUUCCUUAGAACUAGUGGACAUCAUGGAUGAAGAUAUUGAUCGUUACAUCAAAACUAUCACUCAAUUCUCCUCUGCUGCUUCUACCAAUGACAGCGUAUAUGAAACCUUGAAUCAAUGGUUUGACUUCUCCAACGAUUACAGUGAGUAUAUUCAAGUUCAAAAGACAGAAUUAUCCAAGCUAAAACCAUCAAAUUGUUUAAAUAAUUUGUUCGAAACCUUAUCCAAGUCCAAAAAUCUCAAGUUGGGUAAUUUUAGUGCUGGAAAACUCCAGUCUGAAUUUGAAUCUUUGUCUCAAGUAUUGAGUGACAACUUCUGGGAUAAAAUUGAUGCAUUCCUCAAUAGCAUUAAUGUAUAUUUGGAUAAAAUUGAUGAUGAGAGUAUCGAGAAAUGGUACUACUUAUUGGAGGUUGUGUUGAUAAUAAAGGGGAGAACUGCAGGAAUUAGAGAUAUCAGAGAAACAACAUCUUCAGAAUUGCUACAGCUUGCUACAAGACUGUACAACAAUAUUAUCAAAACCAUCAUUGGAGAAUCGUUCUCGGAUCAAUUUGAACAACACAUUGAUUACAUUGUGCUGGGUAGUAUUGACAACAAUAUGAACGAUUACCCUGUUAGACCUACAUUAAAAUUAUCAAGCAUGAUAUACGAGGUUGCCUCAUGUUUCCUUUCAUCAUCCAAGGAUUCCGAGAAAUACAUAUAUGGACAUCUAUUUUCAAAUGAGUACUUUACCGAAGUAUUUCAACUGUUGAAGAAUUCCUGCUUCUUGGACUUGGUGGAUAAUAAGCUUAUUAAAGGCAUUGAAAAAUUGAGCGAGAGCGGUAGCAGUGAAGUAUCAAAGGAAACUAAAAUUAGAGCUCAGCACUUGUUUGCCAAUGUGGUUUAUUUGUUACAAUUCACUCUGGAGGGCUCUAUUUCUGAUAUUAAGAGCACACAUUUAAAGGAAAGGCUUGCUAAAAUCAACGGCCAAACCGUCUUGGUAGAUGAGGUGAUAGGUUCUAUUAUCGUAAGAGGUGUGGCUGAUUACCAUAGAGCAAAUAAGAAUAUUUAUUUGCCAUUGCUGAUGGUUUAG